AUGUCCUCCCGCCCGGCUCAAAUAAGGAAGAAGAAGCAGAGGAGGAAUCGCACCACAUUUAACAGCAGCCAGCUGCAGGCCCUGGAGCGGGUAUUUGAGAGGACGCACUACCCAGAUGCCUUUGUGCGGGAAGAGUUGGCCCGGAGGGUCAACCUCAGCGAGGCCCGGGUGCAGGUUUGGUUCCAGAACCGCCGGGCCAAGUUUCGCCGGAACGAGCGGGCCAUGCUAGCCAACAGGUCAGCCUCGCUCCUCAAAUCCUACAGCCAGGAAGCCGCCAUUGAGCAGCCCAUGGCUCCCAGACCAACAGCCCUGAGUCCAGACUACCUCUCCUGGACUACCACUUCCCCUUACAGCACGGUGCCAUCUUACAGCCCAGGAGGGACGGCCACCCCAACCCAGGGAGUCAACAUGGCUAACAGCAUCGCCAGUCUCCGCCUCAAAGCCAAGGAGUUCAGCCUGCAUCAGAACCAGGAGAAGCUGAAGCUCACUCACUACUACCAACCAGCAUUCCAGAAAAACUCUCAGAGCCCCCUAGGAACCAUCUUCAAAUCCCACAUUUUUCCUGCAGAAGGGACAGAAGGCACAACUGCAUCUGAGCUGAGCGCCACGUCAACAGUGGACAACCCGCAGCUCUGGGCAAGUCCAGCCUGGCAGCAGCGGUGA